AUGGCUGACCCGUUGUCCGCACUAGGUACUGCAUUGAAUGUAAUCUCGUUGGGACUCCAAGUGCGGGAGGAGAUCGUAUCCUAUUGCCGGGCAUGGCGGGGCAUACAUCAAGAGCUCCAAGAGGUGGCCAACAAAGCAGACGGCCUAGAAGCACCACUCGAGGCGCUUCGGGAAAUAAUCCAGGAAACACAACUCACGGAUCCAGAGAUCGCCGAGGACCUACAGACAAAGCUCGGGGCACUUCGUGGAGGCAUCGAAAGAGUACAAGCAUCCAUUCAUAAAUGGAGACCCACGAUCUCACCGGAAAGCGUCCGCGACAAAAUCCGCGCUCAAGGAAAAAGGGCGGCAUAUCCUUUUCGUAAAGACAUGUUGCGCGAGUUGGCCAAUGAAUUGGACAGCGUCCAAAUCAACCUGCACACUACUCUUCAUGUGUGA